AUGCCUCUUAGUAUUAUCUCCCCCUCUGGCUCCGAGAGCUGUCGUGGAACAAUUCUUCUUCGUGAGAAAUCCGAUGACGAGCAGAGGUACCACCCUGGGUUGAAACACGACCCACAGAAUCCAUCACUUCUCUUAGAUCCACAACCCUCUGAUGACCCGAAUGAUCCUCUGAAUUGGUCGACCGGUAAAAAGGAUAUGGUCUAUAUGGCCCUUUUUAUUGGUUCCAUAAUCCUUGCGGCAGUCCCAGCCCCAGUACUUGCAUCGUCUACGGCAGUUUUGUCUGAGGUUCUGGGAGUCUCGCUAGACGACGUUGCUCUGCUUUCUGGAUAUCAAUUGCUUGUUGUCGGCCUCUACGGUCCUCCUUGUUCCGCCCUGGCUCGCAAGUAUGGCAAACGACUUCAGUACAUAUUUGCCUCUACGAUGGCGUUGGUUGGUACAAUAAUUUGCGUUGCAUCUGGGUCAAAGUAUUCAGCUCUUCUAGCCGGUCGACUGAUUCAAGGUUUCGGAACAACAGCAUUUGAGAGCCUGUCGAUUGCAACAAUAGGCGAUAUGUAUUUCGUCCAUCAACGUGGUAUCAGGACUGGGGCAAUGGUACUCACCUUAACAUGCCUCCCUGGGAUAGUUAAUAUCAUCGCCGGUCCAAUCACCCACUCAUUGGAAUGGAGAUAUAUGCUUAUUAUUCACUUGCCAUUUAUUACCCUUUCGUGGAUUCUCACAUUUCUUUUGGUGCCUGAAACUCAGUUUCAACGUUCUCAGUCGAGCCAACAACAAAUUGCGAUGGUCAGAAAUGCAAUAUUGUCAGACCCAAAAGCGGAAUCGACCGUCCAUAUAGAGGAUACCAAUACUGUCUCGAAAAAAACCUAUUGGCAGGGACUUGUGCCUACCUUUAAUACCUACACCGAUACUAGUCUUUUGAAGCUCAUUGCUGGGCCAUUUAUUACUCUACAUAAUCCCGCUGUCAUAUGGACCCUUGCCAUGGGUGGUGUAGUUGUGGCACUAUAUGUCAGUCUGUCAUACAUGCUCGCUCAAGUUUGGUCUGCUCCGCCGUAUGACUUGAACGCUGCCGGAAAUGGAUAUUUUUAUGUUGGAUCUACGCUAGGGGGUAUUAUCGGGGGUGUUGGUGGUGGAUGGCUGACCGAUGUGAUCACCAAAGCUUUAAUCCGUGCGAACGGUGGUGUUUAUGAGCCUGAAUUUCGCAUUCCAGUUCAGGUUGCUGCUGCUGCUUCCCUCGUAUUGGGCUACUUCUUAUUUGCAUGGGAUCUAAAACAUCCAACUCCUACUGGUUACUACUUAGGAUCCUUCUGCCAUGGAUGCAUAUGCUUUGGUAUCACGCUCGCGACCCUCAGCGCAAGCCUCUAUAUCUUGGAUGCGCACCCAAAUGAGACUACCGAGAUCUUUAUUAUUCAGAUGAUGUUUAAGAACCUCUUAUUCUUCGGGUUCUCACGCUUCAUUAAUACUUGGACCACCGAAGACGGCGCAUCAGCUGUCCUGGAAACCUAUGGAAUCGUAUCGAUUUGCCUAGUCGCUUCUUCGAUCGCAAUCUGUACGUACCCAAUUAUGAAACAUUUCGAGCUCCUUCUGGGAUGA